UCAGUGUCCAUCAGUGCCAGCUCUCAUGCCCAUCAGUGCCAUAUCAGUGCCACAUUUCUGUGCCCAUCAGUGCCACAUCAAUUCCACAUCAGUGCCCAUCUGAGCUGCCUUUCAGUGUCACCCAUCAGUGCCAGUCAGUGCCACAUAUCAAUGCCAGUCAGUGCCACCCAUCAGUGCUGCCAAUCAGUGCCACCUAUCAGUGCCAGUCAGUGCCGCCUAUUAGUGCCAGGCAGUGCCGCCUAUCAGUGUGCAUCAGUGCCGCCUAUCAGUGCCCGUCAGUGCUGCCUAUCAGUGCCACCUAACAGU